AUGUCUGGAUUUUCCAGUAACUUGUCAGCAAACGACUCUAGCCUGUGGGAAGAAGGCGGUGAUUCGACGGACCUUUUAAGUCUGCCAAGGACUCUGAACAUCUCUCUUUUCUGCCUGACAUGCCUGAUGACUCUCGCGGCCCUGGCGGGCAGCAUCUACUCGCUGGCGUCCCUGCUGAGGAUGCAGAACCGGACGGUCGUGUCCAUGCUCGUGGCUUCCUGGUCCGGGGACGAUCUCCUGGGCGCCCUGUCGGGGACCAUCUUCAUGUUCUUGCAGUGGCCGAGCGAGGUCCCUGCGUCCUCUCGGUCUCUGUGUGCCACCUCGGCCCUGCUGUACCUGUGCCAGGGCCUCUCGAGCAACUUGAAGGCGACCCUCCUGGUGUCCUACAACUUCUACUCGGUGCACAGGGCGGCGGGGGGCGGGGCGGCCUCCCGCAGGGGCGGCCAGGUGCUGGCCGUGGUGCUGACGGUGUGGGCCGCCAGCCUGGGGCUGUCCGCGCUGCCGCUGUGCGGCUGGGGCGCCUUCGUGCGCACGGCCUGGGGCUGCCUGGCCGACUGCUCCAGCUCCUACGUGCUGCUGCCCUGCGUCGUGUACACCUCGGCCUUCGCGCUGCUCGCCGGCCUCUCGGUGCCGCUCACCCACCAGCUGCUGUGCUCGGAGGAGCCGCCCCGGCUGCACGCCACCUACCAGCGCAUCUCCCGCGGAGCCUCCACGCCCGGGACCCCUCCGGGCCGGUGCGCGGAGGAUGCUGCGGGCUCGGCGCCGCGGUGCCCCGGGGCGCGCUCCCAGGGCCCCCACGCCGCGCUGGGGGCACGGCCGGGGCGGGGGCCGCUGCCCGGAGCCUGCGGGCGCGCGAACCGGGGGGCCCCCUGCGGCGCCGGGAGCUUCCCGGCGAGCGUGGCGCAGAAGCGCUUCUCUCUGAUCCUAGCGCUGACCAAAGCCCUCCUCUGGCUGCCCAUGAUGAUUCACAUGAUGGUUCAGCACGUGCUGGGGUUUCAGAGCCCUCCCUUCGAGAUGCUCAGCUUUCUACUAACCCUGCUGGCCACCACUGUAACCCCAGUGUUUGUCUUGUCCAAACGCUGGACCCACUUGCCCUGUGGCUGCAUCAUCAACUGUAAGCAGGACGCCUAUACAGUGGCAUCGGAUGGGGAAAAAACCAAGAGGAGAGGCUUUGAAUUCAAUCUAUCAUUCCAACGGAGUUAUGGGAUUUAUAAAAUAGCACAUGAAGAUUACUAUGAUGAUGAUGAAAAUUCUGUAUCCUAUCACAAUCUCAUGAAUUCUGAAUGCAAAACUACAAAAGACUCUCAGAGAGACACUCACAGCAUCUUUAAUGCCAUAAAAGUGGAAAUCAGCACUGCACCUUCCCGGGACAGCUCCAUACUAAAAGGGAUCAACAAAUGUACCAAUACUGACAUGACCGAGGCUGAGCAGGAUUGCCACGGUGAGAAGAGCGUUGAUCCAUUGCUUUCUGAAAAAAUGGGACAUGAUGCUAACUAUGAAGAAACCACCUUUCUGGAAGGGCCAGAAAGAAGACUUUCUCAUGAGGAGAGUCAGAAACCAGACCUUUCAGACUGGGAAUGGUGUAGGAGUAAGUCAGAAAGAACUCCUCGUCAGCGUUCUGGUGGUGCCCUGGCCAUUCCCUUGUGUGCAUUCCAGGGGACCGUGUCUCUCCAAGCGCCUACAGGGAAAACCCUAUCUCUUUCUACCUAUGAGGUAAGUGCAGAAGGACAAAAAAUAACCCCAGCAUCCAAGAAAAUAGAAGUCUAUCGAUCCAAAAGUGUUGGCCAUGAACCAAACUCAGAAGACACUCCCUCCACAUUUGCGGACACCAGCGUGAAAAUACACUUGGAAGUUCUUGAAAUUUGUGAUAAUGAAGAAGCCUUGGACACUGUGUCAAUCAUUAGUAACAUCAGCCAGUCCUCGACACAGGUCAGAUCUCCAUCCCUACGCUACUCACGGAAAGAAAACAGAUUUGUUUCCUGUGAUUUAGGGGAAACAGCCUCAUACUCUCUCUUUUUACCCACGAGUAAUCCUGACGGUGAUAUCAACAUCUCCAUUCCGGACACUGUUGAAGCACACAGGCAAAACAGUAAACGGCAGCAUCAAGAGAAGGAUGGUUACCAGGAGGAAAUCCAGUUAUUAAAUAAAGCUUACAGAAAAAGAGAGGAAGAAAGCAAGGGUAACCAGUGAUCAUUUGGUCUAAUAAAGGCAAGAAGGGAGUCUGUGAGUUCAAAUUGCUCAACUAAACAUUUUUGUUCUGAGGCUAUUUGAUUUCCUUUAUUUCUUGUUGGUUUACAUAAGCAUUACAGAUUUUGUAGUUAAUUGUUUUCAGGCUAAGCAGCUGGAACUUGUGUACACACUUAAGUGCUUUUGAUGUAUUAUCUGUAGAUCACACACUGUGGUAAUUAAAAGAUUUGUUUCUUAUCCGAUUCCUAAAGCUGUUUUCUAGAUUAAAUAUCAGCCUCAUUUACUAAAGUUUUUGCCUUCUGGUCAUCCUCAGAGUAAACAGAAAAUUGCAAAAAUUUAGUGAAUAUACUGUUCACAUGCUCAUGUUUCAACACAUAAUGCUGGCCUUUACUGCAAGGGGUAAGAAGAUAUUUUGGGAAUGGAAGAAAUGUAGCAAAACUCUGAGUUUAUUUAAAGAGACUUGCCUACAUGUGCCUAGCAAAACAAGCUUAUUACAGUUACUGCUUUAGCUUUACACUCAUGUCUAGGAAAUAUAUUCUCAUGUAAAAUGGCAGACUAGCUUCCAACUUUGAAACAUGCAUGCCUGUAGUCUGUAAAUAAUUGUUUCCUUCAUUUCUAUAAAGUACAAAUUGCUUACUAAAUGUUUUUCUUCCUUUCACUCUUAAAUGUAUUUUCCUUUCAUCUUUUCAUUACGUCAAGACUGCCCUUGACACAAAAUGCUGUGUGUUACAAGUGGAAUUAGUAAUCCAUCACUCAAACAUUACUGGGAAAAGGUUGUAAAUGUACACAUUAUCAUUUCUAGAAUUGUUUUAUUUAAGUGGAAAUUUGGGAAAAACACUGCCAGAUUAAGUUCUGUGAGGUAUACUCAGCUAGAUUAACAAACUUCUGGGUAAAGCAGAGGAAAAUCCACUAAUUAAAAAAAU